AUGGCAAGCGUGGUUCUUUGGCAGGCUCUGUUGCUGCCCGCAGCUCAUGGUGUCAGUCGCAACCCGGGACUGGGCCCAUAUGUUGAUGGGAUUGGGCACGUGAUGAUGACGCCUGUGGAGUUGCAGCUCUUGUUUCGCUACUUGCGAUCUGCAAGAACUUUUUUUGAGUUCGGCAUGGGGGCAUCCACACUGCACAUCGCCAACAACAGCCGGCAUCUUGACAUGAUGAUCUCGGUAGAUCUUGACAAGCGCUGGGUCCAUCGAGUACGGAGGCAUGAGUGGCUCCGCAAUGGAACGCUACCCCAGAAGAUCAUCUUGUCGACUGUGGACCUUGCCGCAGUCUCCGCAUUCGGAUUUCCGAUUCAGAACAUGAGCCGCUGCAAGCAUGCGCAACUGCUGAGCAGCCGCCGGUUUGUCGAACCCCGCGUGGCGGAAUGCAGAGCCAUGGAGUCGGUUGGGCUGCGCAGCUCAUGGCCUGGCUUCAGCCAAGCUGUGUUGAGUGCUGCACAGCGCCAUCGACGUGGCUGGGAUGUUGUUCUGGUUGACUCUAGAUUCCGCACGGCUUGCGCAUUGAAAAGUCUGUCGGCGAUCAGGCAGACAGAGAUUCAAAGGUCUGUGGUCAUGGUUCAUGACUACGCUGCACGGCAGCAUCUGUAUGGCGAGAUUCGACGCUUUGCACACCUGGAGGUGAUGGUCGAGAAUCUUGCCGUGUUCCGUAAGAAGCACGAUGUCGACCCUGCCGCGCUGCGGCUUGCAAUCCAACUCCAUGAGUAUAAGACGACCGGUUACGAGCCCUCCGACAUCCCUGUGAACUUUGCGCUGGGACGCUUCCGUUGCUUCCGUGCCAUCAGCGAGAGCACGGCAGCCAUCGGCAGAUGCGAAGAAAGACUCCAAGGCAUGUGGCGGCCGUCAGAGGCCUUAGACAAUGUGGAAUUGCACGACUGUGGCGUGCGAUGGUGGCAUUGCUACUUCGUUUGUGGCGGUGCUGCUGGAAGCUACGGCUUGCAUUGGCGGUCGCCGGAUGGUCUUCGGCACGGGGAAGGCCCCUUUGCUGCAGUCAUGGUCUAUCCAGGCUUUCUGCCGAAACCGCGUGACGAGCCUCUCCCUGAGGAAGAGUGCUUCCAGGGUCGUAUUGGCUUCGGUGUGGCCGACGACCUCUUGGACUGGGUGGACUGGAGGCGUGCGCUCGUCCUUGGCCACGGAGCCUUCGCCGUGGAGACUGCACGAACUGCGGCAGAGGCGGGAGCAGCUUACGUGACUAUCGUUUGCCGAAGGCGCAAUUUGGUCCUGCCACGUGUCGUCUCUUGGUUGGUGGAUGGCAGCCGACCCGGUGGAGAGUUGGACAUGGAUGCUGUGCUGCGCCUCGCACAGCCCAUGUAUGACCUCCUUGGCUGGUCUGCUGAGCGCAAGGAGGAAGCACUGAGCAGGAGCAUGCUUCCAGAUGCAAGAGGGCGCAUCAUGUCGCAAUCCAAUCCAGCCAUCUCAGACGUCUACUUUCUCUUGCAGGCGCUUGGAGUGUUGGAGGUGGUCGUGGGCCGCCUCACUGAGAUGCUGCCCUGCGGUGCGAGGCUCCAGGUGGCAGACGGACCUUCCCGCACCGUGGAGUGCAACGUGGUGGUGAAAUGCCUGGGCUGGGAUCACUCCGCGCACAGCGCGUUGAAUCGGGGCCUGCAGGUGCAGAGCCUCCGAGGUUUCUGGAUCAACGGCGAUGCACGGCGCUUCGUCUUCAAGUUCUCCUCCCGGACUGAUGGCGCCAGGAGUCUCGCCACCCUUUCCUUCUUCAUCCAACUGCAGAACGCCCACGAGGCUUUCUUCCACUUUCUGCAAAGGCCCGAAGACCUGGAAGACGUGAUCAGCGGACUGCCGACGUCGCCGAGUCUGGCCGAGGACCUGGGUUCAACGUUCGUUGGUCAAGCGCUGCUGGCAUUGGGGCGAGGUGUCCCAGAGCUGGCCGCAUCUCAGCGACAUGUGGGUGAGACGAAGGCUGCCCGCAUUCUGGAAGUACAUCCGCCGAAGCAGUUCCACGAGGAGCUCCGGCAGGAGUGGCGGCAGUACCAGCAGCAACUGCGCCCAGGGUCGCCAGAGCUGCCCUACCCGUACUCAACCGAGGAUGUCGAAAAUCUGCUUGCCGAGACCCAACAGAGAUCAGCGUCUGCUCAGGCUCAGCCUGGGGAUCGACGCAUGUCGCAGGCGCCGCAGGCCCUCAUCCGAGCGCCCGUCCUGCUGUCGCAGCAGGCGCUGGAGGCCGCCAUCCUCAGUGCCGCGACGGCCGCGCUGGGCGAGGGUGUCGAGCUGUCGGCAGACACACCGCUUCUGGACCUGGGUUUGGAUUCCCUGGCGCAGAUAGACCUGCGGCAGGCCCUGGCACGCCGGCUCGGGGAUCCGGCGUCGCGGUUGCUCUCAGCCUCCCUUCUCUUCGACUACCCGACUGCCCGAAGUUUGGCAAAACGCCUCAUGGCCCAGCUGCAUCCAGACGUGCCGCGCUUGAAGGACUCUCCCGCCAGCUCGGCGACAGCGCCCGCGAUCCCAGCAGCCUCCAGCGAGCAGCAACCCGCCAGCAGUGGGUCUUCACACAGUCCGGUGGAGGGACAGCAGACACCACCGGAGGUGACGACGUCCGAUCACUGGGAUCCCAAGGUGCUGUCCGCAGCGGGCUGGUCGGAGGGCCGCCCCUGCCGGCUCCUCUUCCUGCACGGCGCGCGGUCCGACGCGGCCACAACGCGCCGCUUCUUGGAGGUCACGUCUUGGUCCAGCCUGAAGCGGCGGGAGGGCUCACAGGUGCCCUUGUUUGAGAUGGCUUUGGUUGACGCGCCCCAUGCGGACGUGGCAGACGCCGAGCUCUUCGAGAGCGCAGUUCGCGCAGGCUGGUAUGACCCCGAAGGCACCUACCGGCAAUGGUGCCUGCCCCGCGAGGAAGGCCAGCAGUGGCAGUGGAUGCAAAGCUUGUCAUUGAUUUCGCAUGUUUGGCGAAACUGGGGGCCCUUCGAUGGCAUCGCUGGACUUUGCGAGGGCGCCUCCGCAGCAGCCCUGGCAGUGCUGUCCGGCCACCUGGCGCCACCUCCCCGGCUGCUGAUUUCCAUAGGCGGCUACGCGGCCCCGGAUCCGCAGAGCAGCUCGUAUCGCCAAGCUGCAGGUGUUCCUUCCUUCCACUUCGUGGGGAUGGAGGAGGACGCAGCAGCACGGGCCUUUCCGGGCCUUCCCUGCUGGGACGGUGCCCUGAAGGAAAGGAUGGACAUUGAGGGCAGCCACCGGCUUCCCGAGUUGCGCGACGCCGCUGCCGCAUCCCUUCGCAGGUUUGUGGCGGCGGCUCAAGGGGAGGCCAAUGACCGGCCAGAAAGGUCCGUGGAGCCAGAGCCUCCGGAAGCGACCUUCAUGGACCAUCGGCGGCUGCAAGUCGAAAUCAUUCGAGCGAUUGCGCGGGUGCGCCCGGCCUCGCGCACCGCGCUGCAGGCGGCCGCGGACCGGCUCCAAUCCAGGACCCAGACGGCUGCAGACGAAGAGCUCUUGAUGUCCAAUCUGGCUACGCUGGGCGUUGCGUCUUUGGAGUGGAUGCUCCUGCGCCAGAGCCUUCUGCAUCUGCUGCCAGGUGUUCCGAUACCAGCACAGCUGCUUUUCGACGCACCGUCCAUCGCGGAGCUGUCACAGCAGCUGCAGCGGCUUCAAUGCCGCACUGGUCCGGAGGCGGUCCCGGACAGUGUGGCCCCACAACGACCCGAGGUCGCCUCACAGCCAGACGACGACCCCCCGGCAGGGACACCUGCGACAGUCCACCCGACUGCCGUGCUGCGUGGAGAUGUGACCAUAGGUGAAGGUUGUGUGAUUGGAGAACACGCCAUUGUCGGCCCUCGGGUGCGCCUGGGCGCGCGCUGCCGCAUCGCAGCCAUGGCCAUUGUGGAGGAAGAUGUGACGCUGGGCGAGGACUGUGAGGUCAGCCCACGGGCCCUCCUCCGCGGGCCGCUGUCGGCGGGAAGGCGAAACCGCUUCGACGAGGGUUGCCUCAUCGGCUGUCACAGCUCACACUUGGGAGCUGUUCGAAACGGAUGUGUCCGCAUCGGUGAUGGGUGCCUUUUCGAGCUCAGCUCUGCUGUGCUUGCGCCAAGAGGUUUGAACGGACAGCCGGGGGUCACACACAUCGGGAAUGGUGUGGUUGUCCACUUGAAGGCUGAAGUCUCCCACGACAGCGUCUUGGAAGAUGGCGUCUUCCUGAACGGAGAGCUAUCCGGCUUUUGCCAUCUCAUGGCGGGGGCCAAGGUUGCCAAAGGCGCCAUCCUGCAUCAGUUCACAACGGUUGGUACCAGUUCGUUCUGUGCCAUGAUGACAAAGGUGCGUCACGAUGUCCUUCCCUUCUGCGUCCUGGAUGACGUGCUGCUUGUUGAUCGAGUCGCGCUGAGUCGGCAAGGCAAAUCUGCAGAGGAGGCCGAGGAGUUGGAUCAGUUCUACACUCGCCACUUCUCGUCACAGGCCGCACCUUACAUCCAGUCCAUAGACAGCCUGCUUCCAGAGGACACCAAAGGGCCCUGGUUCGGUGCAGAGAUUCAGCGCUUCUUCCGUAUCCGGUCGCAGAUGCGGGACCGCCGCCCCCUGGCCCGAUAUGGCGUCGCACCUGAGCCACGAGCGCCGACAUGA